CGAUGGCACACCUAAACAGCUUAAAUGACAAUUUCCCUGACCUACAAGAGAUCUUCAGCUGUCAUCCUGGGGUACACUGACAUGGGGUCUGCUCAAGUUUUUGUUUUUAGACCGAGCUGCAGCCGAUGUUGUACCAAAGGUCUGGUUUGGAGAAAUGACCGAUGAGAGAAUGAUUAACCUGGCUGGCAAAGAGGAUGUGUGUGUCACUGUCAGAGGUGUCAGUAUCAGUGUGCGUGUACGUGACAGGAGGUGGAGGUCUGGAUGAGGAGCAGAGAUCUCACUCUCAAACAAAGACAGCAGAACAUCUGACUGAGACAGACGAGAGACGGCGUCAGGAGGGAGACAAUGUGCAGGAGCACAGACUGUAACCGUGUCUACUGUCCUGCAUUGUAGGGGUCUUUAAGUAGUCUUCUAAACAGGCAAUACUUCAACAAAGGAUUGUAUUUCUAAAACAGCAUAUGUUCUGAAAGUGUUUUUUAGCUUCCUCGGUCCAAUGCAGCAAGCAGAGUAAGUGCCAUUUAAAAGUACAGCAGCAGCACAACAGCUGCGAAUAUGUCAAGGUCUGAGGAGGCAGUCAGAGUCUGAUACAGAAAAAAGAAAAAGAACAUUGCUUUCUACUGAAGAAGCAGGAGCAGGUUCAACAGAAAGACCAGUGGUGAAUACAAUCUGUACAGGCUGCAAGCUCUACUGCAUCUUCAUCCUCUACCUCCUCAUCCUCCUCUCCAGCUGCAACUUAAGCCCCUGCAGCAAUCAAACAUAAUCAAAUCCUCGACGAGUUCAGCGUCUGGCUCUCCCAUAACCAGCAGCAGUCUCAGUUGUGGUCAUGGCAUCAGAAGCUCUGGAGCUGAUGGGCUUCUUCCUGGGCCUGUUUGGGAUGCUGGGCACCCUGGUUGCCACGGUGCUACCGUACUGGCAGACUUCUGCCCACAUUGGCUCCAACAUCGUCACGGCCGUGAACAACGUGAGGGGCCUGUGGAUGGAGUGUGUCUAUCAGAGCACAGGGUCCUUCCAGUGUGAGACCUACAACUCCAUGUUGGCCCUUCCCUCCGACCUGCAGGCAGCCCGUGCCCUCAUGGUCAUCUCCAUAGUGCUGUCUAUCCAUGCAAUUGCCAUGUCAACCCUGGGGAUGCAGUGCACUCUUUGCCUGGAGGGCUCAGGUGCAGUUAAGAGUCGUGUGGCUGGUGCUGGCGGGGGCUUAUUCCUCACUGCGGGCUUUCUGGCACUCAUACCUGUGGCGUGGACCACACAUGAGGUGGUCCAGACCUUCUAUAGACCAAAUGUACCUGCCAGCAUGAAGUAUGAGUUGGGGGAGUGCCUAUAUGUUGGUCUGGCGUCAGCGCUCGUUACCAUGCUGGGAGGGGGUUUGCUGUGUGUGUCAUGCUGCGAGGAGCAGGAUGGCGGCCGUGGGAGACGGCAUGGCGGAGGGUAUCCAUAUCCAGUAGGAGGCAACAUGCCCGGCAUAGGUGUACGGACAACCUCACAGACCUACCGCAACCCCACCCUGCAGGUGGGGGGCAUCAGUGCACCCAGCAGGGGGCAGACACUGGUACGCAGUACCAGCAACAGCUCCCACUUGAGUACACAUGGAGUCCAGGGAGUCAAGAAGCCCGCUGCGGCAGGAUAUGACAUCACAGGAUAUGUCUGAGAUUACUGCCACUCCAUCACACCUUUAAGUAUUACUCUCUGACAACUUACGCUCAAUUAAAUGUAUUUAUAUAGUGUAUUUAAUCAAAUGUUGUCAUUGUAUGCCUGGCGGAGCAGCAAAAAAACUAUUUUACAAUUAUCUCUGUAUCUUUUUUGAAGACUGUAUACUUUCAAAAUGUGCAGAAUGACAUGUGUUUGCAUUACCUUGUUAGCAAAAAGUGUAGAAAAGUGUAACUAACUAACUAACUAACACAUGUUGAAUAUGACCAAAAACCUAACAACCCUUUUAUUGUGUUGUUUACAAAUUUCGGUAGAGAGUGCUGUCAUUGAUAUUAACCGUGUGUAAAAAGAUAAAUCAAGCAGACAAAAAAAUAUGAGAAAAAUAACUGAAGACACUGUUUGUGAAAACACUAAAAUUUUCAUGGACAUUUUUAAAUGUAAACACAGGUCGUUCAUCCAUUUGGUUAUAUUCUAGGAGGACUGACACUGAGUAGACUUUGGGGAACUUUUAAUCAUUUAAACCCUCCAAUGCUGAUACUCAACCAUCGAGUGAAAGCAAGUACACUCAAAUGUCACUUGACUAUUUGCUGCAUCGGUAAACAUUCUGCUAACUAACGCCAACCCUGAUGUUUCUAAUCUGAACCCUACACAUUUCUCACGGUACUGUAUCACCUGAAAGUCAGAUUUUAUUGACCCACUGCAGUCUAUUAAUAGUUAGUUCAUCCAGUAGCCUGUCCACAUGAAGUGUAACUACAUCAAAAUUGAACUGCCUCCCUGAUGGUAAUUCAGAGAAGUUUGUUGUGCCUUAACAUCAUAGUGUGAAAAUGUUACAUCUGUUUGGAUUCUGUAAAGCUCUGCGUUCCACGUUUACGUCACCAAAAAAAAAAUGAAACUCUUCUCACAUGAUGUCCAGGCAUCACCUCUUCUUCUUUGGUCUUUUUUGUUCCAUUGUUCUCGACGUUUUGCAUCACAUCUCUGCUGAUCAUCACGGACAUACUGUAUUUCCAGGACGUAGAACAUCCCUUUGUCAGCUGAUUUUAAACAAAGCACCAAAAUUGUUUUUAGGUUAUUUUUUAUCUGGAAAUAAAUGCAAACAUUU